AUGUAUAAUGAUAUCUUUCCCAUGAAUACCAUUGACAAUUCUGAAGACAUACUUCACAAGAAAAAGGAAACAAACUUUCAUAGCACCAUUUCAUUAUUAGCAAGAGAUUCAGACUCUGACGGGGACAUGACAAAGCCUCUACACUGUAGCUGGAAACAGACUGACAAAUUCGUUCAUCUCCCAGUUCUCCCACUUCCAGAGACCACUGCCCUGCCAUCUUCUCAUGAGGAGCAACUGUAUGCAAGUCAACAUGGGCAAUCUCACAUCCUCUCUUUCUCCAGAAAGGAGAUCAAUAAAGACCCACGGCUUCUCCCCAACAUCACUCUUGGCUUCCGCAUCUACGAAGAGAACCAGUAUGCAAUCAUGGCCCAAGAUGUCAGCGUGUCUCUGCUCUCCAGCCGGGGAAAAGUGUUUCCUAACUAUAAGUGUGAUACACAGCACAAUCUUCUCUCUGUCCUUGGGGGCCUCAACUCCAGGAUCUCAUACCAGAUGGCCACCAUGUUUGGCAAUUUCAAGAUUUCUCAGCUAGGUUACCGCUGCUCAGAUCCUGUUUUGAGGGAUAAGACUUGGUUCCCCACCUUCUACCAGAUCGAUCCUCAGUAUCACCUACAGAACGCAGCCAUCGUCCGGGUCCUUCUCUAUUUCCAGUGGAACUGGAUUGGGAUCGUCGUUCAGAAGUCAGAGAGCAGUGACCAUUUCAUCCGGAUUUUUGAUGCCGCCCUCGCUCACAAUGACAUUUGUGUACAAUUUGUGAAACAUAUUGUGCCCCGUUUUACAAUGUUCAAUGAAUUGCACAGGGACGAGAUACGUUUGCUUUUGACAAUUUUGAACAGUGAUGCUCAGGUUGUGAUUGUCUCGGGGGAUUCUAACGCACUGCACAGACUUAUAGUGACCCUCUCCUUUUAUGAAGAAGAGAACUACGCUACCACUGAGAAGGUCUGGAUCCUGACCACCCAAUGGGAAUUUUCAGCUUUUGGCUAUCACUACGAGUGGGGGAAACUAAAAUCCCUCCAUGGCGCUUUGUCUUUGACCGUCCAUACGAAGCCAGUGCCAGGAUUCAAAGAUUAUCUCUGGGCUCUGAAUCCACAUGAACCCCACGGAGACGUCUUUCUCCCCGAAUGGUGGGAAGUUGUAUUUGACUGUCAGGUUUUGAAAAUAGGUGUGUCCUCACCUGAUGGCCGAAGGGUUUGCACAGGGGAGGAGAACCUGGAAACCCUCCCGGCCUCCGUCUUUGAUGGAAAGAUGACCGGUUUCAGCUACAGCGUCUACAAUGCUGCCUAUUCUGUGGCACAUGCAUUACACGCUGCGUAUACAUCAGAAUCACAAUGGGCAUUGAAGAGGAACAGAAAUAAACCACACCCACUUUAUGUGAAGCCCUGGCAGAUCCAUAUUUUCUUGAGAAAUAUCCGCUUUAACAACAGUGCUGGGGAUGAAGUCUUUUUUUCAGAUAAUGGAAUGAAAUAUGCAGGAUUUGACAUCCUAAACUGGAUCGUCUUUGCAAAUAAGACCAUCCUUCGGCAGAAAGUCGGAUGGGUUGAUCCGGAAACUCCUUCAGGGACAGAUUUCGGCAUUGAUCCCGAUGUCAUUGUGUGGACUAACCAGACGAAGCCUUUCUCCCGUUGUGUGAAGCAUUGCCUUCCAGGUCAAGCCAAGAAAGUUGCAGAAGAGAAGCCCACUUGUUGCUAUGGAUGUGUUUCUUGCCCAGAGAGGACCAUUUCUAAUCAAACAGAUGCAGCUCGCUGUGACCCCUGCCCAGAAGAUCAAUAUCCUAACAAGGACAAGGACCACUGCAUUGCCAAGAAGAUCCAUUUUCUUUCCUAUCAGGACACCCUGGGAUAUGCUUUAAGUUCUCUCACACUUUCUCUUUCCAUGAUCACCUUGGGAGUUCUGGCAAUUUUCCUUAAACAUCGUGACACACCAAUCGUCAAGGCCAACAACCGAGAUCUCACCUACAUCCUCCUGGUCUCCCUCCUGCUCUGCUUCCUCUGCUCCUUCCUCUUCAUUGGAAAACCCAGGAAGCUCACCUGUCUCUUUCGACAAACAGCCUUUGCCAUUCUCUUUUCCCUUGCGGUGUCUUCUGUGUUGGCAAAAACUGUCAUGGUGGUUCUUGCCUUCAUGGCCACCAAGCCAGGAAACAAGACAAGGAAACUCUUAGGAAAACCACUGACCAACUCCAUUGUCAUAGUGUGUCCCCUGGUCCAAGCACUUCUUUGUGCCACCUGGCUGGUAACUUCUCCCCCAUUUCCCAAUCUGGACUUCCAUUCCUUGGUAGGAGAGAUUAUCUUGGAAUGUAAUGAAGGCUCAGUUUCAAUGUUUUAUGCUGUCCUUGCUUAUCUGGCUGUUCUUGCCUUCAUCAGUUUCACUGUGGCCUUUUUGGCUAGGAAAUUGCCUGACAGCUUUAAUGAAGCCAAGUUCAUUACUUUCAGCAUGCUGGUCUUUUGCAGUGUUUGGAUCACUUUCCUCCCCACCUACCUGAGCACCAAAGGGAAGUCCAUGGUGGCCGUGGAGAUCUUCUCCAUCUUGGCCUCUGGGUCUGGUCUCUUGGCUUGUAUCUUUUUCCCCAAAUGCUACAUUAUUCUGCUGAGGCCCCAUCUGAAUUGUAGAGAAAAUAUGAUGAGGAACAAAAAUCUCUAA